CUCCUGUUCCUGCUCCUGACCACCUCCGCUGCCUGGUGUCCUGCAGCGAGUUCGUCCAUCUCCUGUUACAGCGACUCCGGGAAUCCCGUGGACUGGUUCAUCGUUUACAAACUGCCCAAACGCAGCAGUCUGACUGGGCUCAGCUACAUGUACCAGGACUCUACCACCAAGGGCUGGAAACCGGGGAAUUACUUGAUAAACAAUACACAGGGAGCUGUGGGCCGCACUCUGACACAAGUCUAUAAGCAACGUCAAGCUCAGAACCAAGAGACAGCGUAUGUGCUGUAUAACGAUCAGUCUACUAAACACUCGGAGAGCAACUACGGCCACACUAAAGGUGUCAUCCUCUUGGAUCAGAAGCAAGGUUUCUGGCUGGUCCACAGCACUCCUCAUUUCCCGCUGCCAGCCAACGAGAGUUACAGCUGGCCAGACUCAGGCAAACGCAAUGGGCAAUCCUUCCUCUGCGUCACGUACCCCUACGCCCAGUUCAACGAGAUCGGCCUCCAGCUGUUGUACAACAAUCCUCACACUUACUCCCACUCUGUACCGGAGCCUUUCGCCAGAGACUUGCCCGACCUCAAGAAGGCCGUGGAGCCCCACAGGGCGCUCCCCCCGGGGGGGAAGAGAAAGGCUGGGUUGCGCUCAGUGGCCGGAACCAACUUCAACAGCUUCGCAAAAUCCAAAGCUUUCGGCAAAGGUAAUCCUCGCUCGUUUGAGAUGGUGCUGCCCACCCCCACGUCGUUUUCCUUUUCACCCCUCGAGCCCCAAAUUCCACCCGGUCUCAGUCUGCCAGACCGCUCCCAGAUCGGAGCGAGCAGCUUGCGGGUUCAAACCCCGUAUCUGUAUGUUGACUGGCUGGCGGGCGAGUUUGCCAGUGACCUCCUGGUGCAGUCGUGGCCCAAUUCCCGAGGGACUCUGCCGUCGAAUUGCUCCGGGCCUCACUGGGUUUACAACGUGGACACCAUCCACCUGCCCGGGAACCCCGACUUCACCAGCACCGUAGACCACUCCAAGUGGUGCGUGACCCACCCACGCGGCGACGGACCGAGCUGGGUCUGCGUCGGCGACAUCAACCGAGACAGAGCCGAGGAGUUCCGGGGCGGAGGGGUUGUCUGCGUCAACGAUCCCGCCGUCUGGAAGUCUUUUUCCAGCCUGGUCUUGAAAUUCAAGGAUUGUUCGUCCCGUAACUAGCAGCAACUUGUGGGAACUAACUAACUAACUAAUUAUUAUUAUAAUAAAACAGGUGUUCAGCCGUGCCUCAGGUGUGGAGGCACUCGUGCCUCUGGGCUGCUUUGACACUCCAAUAACAAUAAUAAUAAUAAUAAGCUUUACGUUUGACGCAGCGCCUUAUCGCGCCUUUGGCACUUCUCAAAGCACUUCACGGGAUAUGCUGUAAAGUGUAGUGACAGUGUGUUUUGUGGGUGAAACGCAGCAGCCAAUUGCGCCCAGCGACGUCCAUGGCAAUUGUUUGAUUUUGACAAACUAACAUUGCACCUUCCUCUUCGACCGUGCGUACAGUCACCCACCCCACUCCUGCUUGACAUCGGGUUCUGCCUUUGUUAUGUGCUCCGCGACGCUGCCCUUUGUUGUUGUAUAAAAUGCAAUUAAAAGUGGGUUUUAUAAUCUGUGAGCA